GCGUGAUACCAACUGCCGCGUGACUUAAGAAGAAAUGCCCGAUUUAAUGCGGUAAUUCGUCAGCUUUUGUAAUGCUUGCUUUCGAAACAGUCUAAGCGGGCCCGGUGAUGCGUUGGCUGUAUUUAACUGGUGCUGCAAUCCUGCGGCGAAGUCCGUUGUCUGCCCGUCGUGUGCCCGUCUCAAAGUCUGUUUGGCGGCAUUGUGUCCCGUGCUUACCAGACAGGGCUGGCUUGAGUUUAUGCUACGUUGACCGUCGCCGUCUUCGUUACCGGAAGAGUACCAAGGUAAAGCAGGCCUGCUCAAGCCGUCUCCUUCUUCGUGUCGUGAAACUCAACAGUGUAGCCGAAGGAGACCACUCAACGGUCGCGCCACUGUCACUAGACCACCUCGACAAAGAGCGCCUCCACAAACACGCGAUCUCUACUGUCCUUUCGCUUAUCGCAACCCAGAAGCUAGACGACUUGGCUGGGCUCGUGAAGAGAGAGGCUGUCAACCGAUUCGUCCAGGAGGUUUCGCAGCAGCUGGGUUAUGGAAACAUGCACUAUCUCAAAGAGGUGGAUGACAUUGUUGCCAUGCCACACAAAGUGGCACUUCAGUCUAUUGUAGAUCAGAAAUACUGUGACAUUCAAGUAAAUUUUAUUGUCAUGAAAAACCUGGACAAUGGACAGUCCUCACCAGAUAUCCCUCGUGUCUUCGUGUGCUUUAUUUUAGCCAAGUUUCAUCGCAACUAUACUGCAGGUGUCUUGCCUAAUUGGACCAUUACAAACUUGUCGCUAUUGCGAACAUCUUCACUUUUAAGAUAGUGUUGUUGUCGGUAGUGAUAGUGCGUCCUUGCAUUAUAUUUUGUCGACUACUUGAUGGCUAGGACCUGAUGUUUGUUGUAUGUAAAUGUAGAAGGAAUGACUUGCCUCAUUUAGAAACUGGCACUAAGACAGGCGCUUUGACAACUGAUGCACACUUGUACAGAUUUUUUUACUAUGAAAAAUAUUUAGCACCACUGAUCCUUUGUAUAGGAGCUUCGGCUAUUUAAAGUGUUGCAUAUUUAGAUAGAAACAACGUUGUAAGAGACUUGUUGUCCCAUUGCCUGCUUUCUCAAAACUUUUUUUAUGUGUUAGCAUUAGGAGAGUCAGGUGGGAAAAUGUGUAGGUUUGCAAAAUAUAAAAAGCCAGUCAUUUGGUAGAGGUGUAUGUGUGUGUACUGCAAGUGACGGUAGUCAGCUCCUGACCACUGUUAGUUGCACUUCACUCCUCGAAGAGGCAGGACAUGUGUCGAGUGGGCUCCUGAACAAUAUUUUGCAAUGUUGUGAACGUGGUUUGAAUCAUAGAUUUGGGACAUCUAAGGUGCGACUUAAUGCUAACGCAUUUCUCUCGAAUUUACUGCAAAUUGCCGCCAAAUUUUUUUCGUGCUGUCAGCCAUCAUUCUCAUUUACAGGGGUGUGAUACCAUAACAUAGUUACUAGCAUCUUAUUAUUAUAUGCCAUAAUGUAAGAACUUCUCACACUUGUUUUCUAAAUAACUUAUAGAACAAUGUUGCCUAAGACAAGACUUCAAGCGUGUCAUUUCUGUAGUCUAUGUUGGUCGUGCUUAUUGUUGUAUUGUGCCAUAUUAGAAAAGCAUUCCUCUCUAAUAAAGGAAAUGUGGAAAGACAAAACCAGCUGUAAAUUAUCAGUUGCAAAGAUAGUGUACUAAUUAACCUACUAAUAUUAAUUAACAAUUUGUCAUUCCACAAAACUGUGCCUUGGUUGUGGUACUGCACCUACAACGUAUUUGUACAAUGCAACCAUGUUUUCACAUUUUUGUAAAGAAUGAAACUGCUUUAAGCUUGGUCUGUCAGAUACACUUUGACACCUUGA